AUGGAGCGUGCAGUUCUGACAAGAUUACGGCAUUUAAUACCCCAUCCAGACAGACACAUAUACGCCUAUUACAAAGAGAAAGCCUUUGAGCUUGCUCGGAGAGAUGUCAUAAGUAUACUAGCAUCCAAGGGUAUCACUGAAAAAAUCUUAGAUUGGUCAAAUGACUACCUCCUCCAGAGAAAGGCCAAAGUCCGCUUUCAGGGAAAUUUCUCCGACUUUCAAGUCUUUGAGAAUGGUACCCCACAAGGGGGGAUUCUUAGCCCCUUCCUAUUCAACCAAUUGAUCGCUGAAGUUCUCUCACUCCGACUACCACCGAACACGCAUCUCUUUGCAUAUGCUGACGAUCUUCAACUAAUAUCCACCGGCACAACCAGAAUUGUCAGAGCCCAACAGGCCCUUGACCUCAUCGUUGACAAAUGUCAUACUCUUGGCCUAAAACUAAACCCUGAAAAAAACAAGAGCUCUACAAGUCAGAUGAUACCUCCCACAUCAGUCCUUAUAUAUAAGGACAAAAUUGAAUGGGUCACCUCCCACAAGUGCUUGGGGAUUGUCUUUAACAGACAAAAUGAUUCAUCCUCUCAGUUAAGACAUCUCCUUGGAAAGACUAAGACAAGAAUCCAUGUCCUACGAAGAUUAUCAAGCUCAAAGAUGGGAGCUGGAUUCCACAUCCUCCGAACAUUUUACAUUUAUGCCAUCCGAUCACUUAUUGUUGCGGGACAUGUCAGCAAGUUGAUAUCACGCCAUCAUCCUCCCCUGCUGAGAGAUCGUUUCAUAAACCUUACACAACCAGGAGGCCCUCUCCCUAAGAUCUCUGCAUGGCAUAAGGACUUGUUUAGGUGUUUGGACGCCUUCAACUUGCUACCUAGUAUAACAUCACGUGGCAUAGACCAUCCUCAUCGUGGAUACCAUGCUCCUCCCCCUUGGGAACCUCAACAUGUCACACUUACAACCAAGAGUCUUCCACUGUUUAGAGCCAGAUGUUCUCAGAAUGACUUUCGACACCUUCAAGCCUCCAUACACUCCAUUGAAAAUAAUGAAGAUAUAGCCACUUUCUAUACAGACGCCUCAGUUGAACAAUCAUCAGGCAGAGCUGGAGCAGCAUUCAUGCACGACGGGCGUCUACAUGGACAAAGAAUUAGCAAUGACGCCACCAUCCUUCAGGCUGAGCUUUUUGCCAUAAGAGCAGCUCUUCAUUGUGCACUCAGAUGCGCCAAAAACACUCUACAUCCUCACUGA